UGUUCGCUAGGUGUCAGUAAACGAAGUGACAGAGGUCAACAACGUCGCGAAGAAGAAAACGGCCUCGUUCUAGAAACAUGCCGAGAUAUCUAACAUAGAUAGUUUUUUACCAAAAAACAUAAAUCUUGCUUCGUGGCAAAAAUGCCUCGCUAUGCGCAGAUUGUUAUGGGCCCCGCUGGUAGCGGAAAGAGCACCUACUGCGCCACAAUGAUCGAGCAUUUCCAGUCUUUGAACCGCUCGGUUCAAGUGGUCAAUCUGGACCCUGCAGCUGAGCAUUUUGAGUACCCUGUUAUGGCAGACAUCCGGGAACUCAUCCAGGUGGACGACGUGAUGGAGGAUGACUCUCUCCGGUUUGGCCCCAAUGGUGGCCUAGUCUUCUGCAUGGAAUACUUUGCCAACAACUUUGACUGGCUAGGAGAAAGCUUGGGUCACGUAGAGGACGACUACAUCCUGUUUGACUGUCCAGGUCAGAUUGAACUGUAUACUCACCUUCCUGUCAUGAGGCAGCUGGUUGAUCAGCUCCAGCAGUGGGAGUUUCGGGUGUGCGGUGUCUUCCUGGUUGACUCCCAGUUCAUGGUGGAGUCUUUUAAGUUUGUUUCAGGAAUCAUGGCCGCGCUUAGUGCCAUGGUGUCGUUGGAGAUCCCCCAAAUAAACAUCAUGACAAAAAUGGACCUGCUCAGCGCCAAAGCUAAGAAAGAAAUUGAAAAGUACCUUGAUCCAGAUAUGUACUCCAUGAUGGGAGACAACUCUGAUACCCUGAGAAGCAAAAAGUUCAAGAAGCUGACCAAAGCUAUCUGUGAACUGAUUGAUGACUACAGUAUGGUAAGAUUUCUGCCUUUUGACCGCACUGAUGAGGAAGGUAUGAGCAUUGUUCAGCAGAACAUUGACUUCUCCAUACAGUACGGUGAGGACCUGGAGGUCAAGGAGCCAAAGGAAGUUGAUGAAGAGGCAGAUAACACCAAUUAUGAUGAGUUUUUUCAAAGCAAAGUGGACAACUAAGAAAUGUCAUUUUAAAGACAUUGGAUGUACAGAUGUAAAUACAGAAGAACCAGGAAGUGACAAAGUCACGCUUUUCUCAUAAUUGUUUGUUGUUAUGAUAAAUCAGUCCCUUCAGGAUUUCGCAAUAUAGGCCAAUUCAUUGAAAUUAUGCACGUCGACACAACCUUCUUCCGCACUUGCCCCAUAAAUUGUUGCCAAUUUGUCUCUGAGUGGCGCUGAAAGAUGCAAGACAAUUUUAAAUUUAAAACUUCUGUCAGUUUUUUGGGUAGACAAAGCGGGAAUAUUAACAUAUAACAAUAUAUCAACUAUUUAUUGCUCAAAUAAUUGUCGUCCUCCCGCCUCUGCCAGACCCUCCUCUGGUCUCUGUCAACAAGAGACCGGAGGCCUUUUGGGUAAUGUAGUAUACACACAUUUACUUAAACGUAUUUAUAUAGUCAUUUUAAGUUUUAUUUACCCAAGGUAAGACAAUUAAGAACAUAUUUUCAUUUGCAAUGCUGACCUACCAAAGAGGCAGCAAUUGCAUGUAAGAGUGUGAAGUAUGAUGAUAAUUUAGCAUCAUCUCUCAUUUACCAACAAAAAUGACCACUAUAGAUGCCCUCAACAGUUCACAAAUGCUCUUUAGGUGUUGGGGUUAAUGUGUUGGAACAUAAAAAAUGUUGAAAAUGGACAAACCCUUUUCAAAUGUAAAAUACACACGGAGAAUGUCAGCGACUUGUGGACGACGAAGUAGACAGCAGUGUUUCUUUCUGUAACUAUAAUCAUUAUUAGUUCUAAACAACUUAAACAAUACAGUCAUUUGAUAAUGGGCUCUAGAAGUAUGUACUUUUACUGACGUCUACUGUCUACUUUUACUCGUAGAACAACACAUUUUUUGUUGAACUCCUGUGUCUCUUCAGAUUCAAGUUUUAAGGAACACUUAAAACAUUGAUAACAAAUUUUUUAAAUCACGGGUUGAAUCAAUUUUGGUGUUAAAAAUAAACCUUAAAGCAGUGGUUCUUAACCUGGGUUCGGUGAGUCGGCCUCAGGGGUUUCGGGGGAGCCUCCUCUGCGGAGGCCAAGACACAUCUUACUCAUCGUGUAAAUAAAAAAUUCUCCCAAUCAGCGUAUUACGGAUACCCCCAAACAAUGUUCCCUCUAAUUUUUCAUCCGAUUUGCAGGUGUUUAAUUUCUUGUGGUUCAUGCACAGUUCAUUUUGUGCAACAUUGUCUUGAAUUUGAAAAGAAUAAUGGUCAUUUUUUUUUACUAAAGAAGGGUUCAGUGAAUGCGCAUAUAAAACCUGGCGGGGUUCCGUACCUCCAACAAGGUUAAGAACCACUGCCUUAAAGUAUUGCAACCUUUGCCUCCAAUUCCUGGAAAAUCUGUCACGGAUUCAUAAUCUUUAGGCCGCCACAAUCACAAAAAAGCCUGCAAACUCCUGGAGGGACUGACCUAUGUGAAGUGACAGUCCUUUGGACCUACAUGUACAUCUAAUGUAUCACUAUAAUGAUAACCAGAGGCAUAGUAACAUUUUUCAAGUGGACGGAUGUUUUGUUAGGAAAUACCUUGUAAAUGCUUUAUUUUGAUAAUAAAUCACUAGUUAAAAUGCA